AUGAAGAGAUACAACGAGAGAACAAAAAGAUAUCACAACAACCAGCUCUUCUAUAAGAAUCAAAAGCAAUUCUUUAGGAGCUUGGAAGACGACACAAGAGUUGAAGGCGAACCUCCAAAGACAGAGGACAUGUACAAUUACUGGCAUGCCAUAUGGGGUAAAGACAAGAAACAUGACGAUAGGGCAAGCUGGAUAAAGGAAGCUGAAUCCGAAAGUUGGAAAUAUGGUAUGGAGGACAUAAAAAUAUCUAGAACCGAUGUGCAAUGCGUGAUCAAAAGAACGAACAACUGGGCUGCGCCGGGACCGGACAAAAUUCAGAACUACUGGUGGAAACACUUUACGAGCACCCAUCAAGCUCUGGCUAACCUUUUUCAGAAGUCGCUGCUAGAACCAACCGUUAUCCCAAAAUCCUUGACACUGGGCACCACCUUGAUGAUACCGAAGGGAAAUAUAACAUCAGACCCCAAAAACUUCCGCCCUAUAACAUGCCUGCCAACAAUAUACAAAAUACUCACGGGCACCCUGACUAUGCACAUCUGGAAGCAUGUGAGAGAACACCAUAUUUUGGCCCGAGAACAAAACGGUUGCUGCAAGGAUGCGAAGGGGUGCAAGGAACUGCUGCUUAUUGACCAGAUCAUUACCGGACAGGCGAAGAGCAAGCUCCGCAAUAUAUCAAUCGCUUGGAUUGAUUACAAGAAGGCCUUUGAUUCGGUGCCACAUUCUUGGUAA